UGGGCCCCAGCCAAAUGUGGGUCACCUGGAUGAGCUUCGAGGAGAAGGCUCACUUUGCCGCCAACGCCACCGUCCAGUACGGCACCAAGCCGCACGUCCUCUCGCUGACGGCCACCGGCACUUCGACCUUCUUCCAAAAUGGCAAUCGAACCUCCUUCGUCCACCGAGUUCUGCUCGACAACCUGAAGCCGAGCACUGAAUACUUUUACCGUUGCGGCAGCGAAGAGUUCGGUUUUACUCCUGGUUUCAGCUUCACCACCCGCCCACUGGAUCAGGAGCACUGGAGUCCGCGAAUUCUCGUCUUUGGCGACCUGGGCCUCAGUAAUGGCGUCUCCAUUCCAUUCAUCAAGGAGCAGGUGGCGAAGAAGCAGUACGACGCCAUCCUCCACGUCGGCGACCUGGCGUACAAUCUGGACACGGUAGCCCUGCAGAAACAAAUUGUCGUACAAAAAAAAGAUGCUAACCCGCUUAUUAUCAACUUAUCUCAACAGAACAACGGCCACGUCGGCGACGAGUACAUGCGCAAGAUGGAGUCGGCGGUGGCCAACGUGCCCUACCAGACGGUGGUGGGCAACCACGAGGUCUACCGAAACUUCACCCACUACACCAACCGCUACACGAUGAUCGACGAGAAGACGGGCGAGAACAAUAACCACUUCUACAGCUUCAACAUUGGCCCCGUCCAUGUGGUCGCCUUUAGCUCCGAGUUCUACUACUGGUACUCGUACAGUGAGCAGCCGAUCUACACGGUCACAAACACUCGAAUUCAGUACGAGUGGCUGGAGGCCGAUCUGAGAGAGGCGAACAAGCCGGAGAACCGGAAGAAGCACCCGUGGAUCAUCGCUGCCGGUCAUCGGUAA